CGCACCUGGCGGCGGCGGGGCCGGGCCGGACCGCGGGAGCAGGCGCGGCGGCGGUGGCGGCGGCGGCGAGGAUGUCGCAGCCUCCGAUGCUCCCCGCCUCGGCGGAGACUCGGAAGUUCACUCGGGCGCUGAGUAAGCCGGGCACGGCGGCUGAGCUGCGGCAGAGCGUGUCGGAGGUGGUGCGCGGCUCGGUGCUCCUGGCAAAGCCAAAGCUAAUUGAGCCACUUGACUAUGAAAAUGUCAUCGUCCAGAAGAAGACACAGAUCCUGAAUGAUUGUUUAAGGGAGAUGCUGCUCUUCCCUUAUGAUGACUUUCAGACAGCCAUUCUGAGACGGCAGGGUCGAUACAGAUGCUCAACAGUUCCUGCAAAGGCACAUGAGGAAGCGCAGAGCUUAUUUGUUACAGAGUGCAUCAAAACCUAUAACUCUGACUGGCAUCUUGUCAACUAUAAAUAUGAAGAUUACUCAGGAGAGUUCCGGCAGCUUCCAAACAAAGUGGCCAAGUUGGAUAAACUUCCAGUUCAUGUCUAUGAAGUUGAUGAGGAAGUCGACAAAGACGAGGAUGCUGCCUCCCUUGGCUCUCAGAAGGGUGGCAUCACCAAGCAUGGCUGGCUAUACAAAGGCAACAUGAACAGUGCAAUAAGUGUGACCAUGAGGUCCUUUAAAAGACGGUUUUUCCACCUGAUUCAACUUGGUGAUGGAUCCUACAAUUUGAAUUUUUAUAAAGAUGAAAAGAUCUCGAAAGAACCAAAAGGAUCGAUAUUUCUGGAUUCCUGUAUGGGUGUGGUUCAGAACAACAAAGUCAGGCGUUUUGCUUUUGAGCUCAAGAUGCAAGACAAAAGUAGUUAUCUUUUGGCAGCAGACAGUGAAGUGGAAAUGGAAGAAUGGAUCACAACUCUAAACAAGAUUCUCCAACUCAACUUUGAAGCUGCAAUGCAAGAAAAGCGAAAUGGAGACUCUCAUGAAGAUGAUGAACAAAGCAAAUUGGAAGGUUCUGGUUCCGGUUUAGAUAGCUAUCUGCCUGAACUUGCCAAGAGUACCAGAGAAGCAGAAAUCAAACUGAAAAGUGAAAGCAGAGUUAAACUGUUUUACUUGGACCCAGAUGCCCAGAAGCUUGACUUCUCAUCAGCUGAGCCAGAAGUGAAGCCGUUUGAAGAGAAGUUUGGAAAAAGAAUUCUUGUCAAGUGCAAUGAUUUAUCUUUCAAUUUGCAAUGCUGUGUUGCCGAAAAUGAAGAAGGACCCACUACAAAUGUAGAACCUUUCUUUGUUACUCUAUCCCUGUUUGACAUAAAAUACAACCGGAAGAUUUCUGCUGAUUUCCACGUGGACCUGAAUCAUUUUUCAGUGAGGCAGAUGCUGGCCACCACGUCCCCGGCUCCGAUGAAUGGCGGCAGGCAGAGCUCACCUGCCCUUCAGGACAUCCUUCAUGAAGCUGCCAUGCAGUAUCCAAAGCAGGGAAUAUUUUCAGUCACGUGUCCUCAUCCUGAUAUAUUUCUUGUGGCUAGAAUUGAAAAAGUGCUUCAGGGGAGCAUCACGCACGUAGCUGAGCCGUACAUGAAAAGUUCAGACUCUUCUAAGGUUGCUCAGAAGGUGCUGAAGAAUGCCAAGCAGGCAUGCCAGAGACUAGGACAGUACAGGAUGCCAUUUGCUUGGGCAGCAAGGACAUUGUUUAAGGAUGCAUCUGGAAACCUUGACAAAAAUGCCAGAUUUUCUGCUCUCUACAGGCAAGACAGCAAUAAGCUAUCAAAUGAUGACAUGCUCAAGUUACUUGCAGAUUUUCGGAAACCUGAGAAGAUGGCUAAACUCCCAGUAAUUUUGGGCAAUCUAGACAUUACAAUUGAUAAUGUUUCCUCGGACUUCCCUAAUUAUGUCAAUUCAUCAUACAUUCCCAUGAAGCAAUUUGAAACCUGUACUAAAACUCCCAUCACAUUUGAAGUAGAGGAAUUUGUGCCCUGCAUACCCAAACACACUCAGCCUUACACCAUCUACAACAAUCACCUGUAUGUUUAUCCUAAGUACUUGAAAUAUGACAGUCAAAAGUCUUUUGCCAAGGCCAGAAAUAUUGCUGUUUGCAUUGAAUUCAAAGAUUCGGAUGAGGAAGACUCUCAGCCCCUGAAGUGCAUUUACGGCAGACCUGGGGGGCCGGUGUUCACGAGAAGCGCCUUUGCUGCGGUUUUACACCAUCACCAGAACCCAGAAUUUUAUGAUGAGAUUAAAAUAGAAUUGCCCACCCAGCUACAUGAAAAGCACCACUUGUUGUUCACAUUCUUCCAUGUCAGCUGCGAUAAUUCAAGUAAAGGAAGCACAAAGAAGAAGGAUGUUGUUGAAACACAAGUUGGAUAUUCCUGGCUUCCUCUCCUGAAAGAUGGAAGGGUGGUGACUAAUGAGCAGCACAUUCCUGUCUCAGCUACUCUCCCAUCUGGCUACCUUGGCUACCAGGAGCUUGGGAUGGGCAGGCAUUAUGGUCCAGAAAUUAAAUGGGUGGAUGGAAGCAAGCCACUGCUGAAAAUUUCAACUCAUCUGGUUUCCACAGUGUAUACUCAGGAUCAGCAUUUACAUAAUUUCUUCCAGUACUGUCAGAAAACCGAAUCCGGAGCCCAAGCCUUAGGGAAUGAACUUGUAAAAUACCUUAAGAGCCUGCAUGCGAUGGAAGGCCACGUGAUGAUUGCCUUCUUGCCCACCAUCCUAAACCAGCUGUUCCGUGUCCUCACCAGAGCAAGCCAGGAGGAAGUUGCCGUCAACGUGACACGGGUCAUUAUUCAUGUGGUUGCCCAGUGCCAUGAGGAAGGAUUGGAGAGCCACUUGAGGUCAUAUGUUAAGUAUGCUUAUAAGGCUGAGCCGUAUGUUGCUUCUGAAUAUAAGACGGUGCAUGAAGAACUGACCAAAUCCAUGACCACAAUUCUCAAGCCUUCUGCCGAUUUCCUCACCAGCAACAAACUACUUAAGUAUUCAUGGUUUUUCUUUGAUGUUUUGAUAAAAUCGAUGGCUCAGCAUUUGAUAGAGAACUCCAAAGUGAAGUUAUUGCGAAACCAGAGAUUUCCUGCAUCCUAUCAUCAUGCAGUGGAAACUGUUGUGAAUAUGCUGAUGCCACACAUCACUCAGAAGUUUCGAGAUAACCCAGAAGCAUCUAAGAAUGCGAAUCAUAGCCUUGCUGUGUUCAUCAAGAGAUGUUUCACCUUCAUGGACAGGGGCUUCGUCUUUAAGCAGAUCAACAAUUACAUCAGUUGCUUUGCUCCUGGAGAUCCGAAGACCCUCUUUGAAUACAAGUUUGAAUUUCUCCGUGUGGUGUGCAAUCAUGAACAUUAUAUUCCUUUGAAUUUACCAAUGCCUUUUGGAAAAGGCAGGAUUCAAAGGUACCAAGAUCUCCAGCUUGACUACUCAUUAACGGAUGAGUUCUGCAGAAACCACUUUUUGGUGGGACUCUUACUGAGGGAGGUGGGGACCGCCCUCCAGGAGUUUAGGGAGGUCCGGCUGAUUGCCAUCAGUGUGCUCAAGAACCUGCUGAUAAAGCAUUCUUUUGAUGACAGAUAUGCUUCGAGGAGCCAUCAAGCAAGGAUAGCCACUCUCUACCUGCCUCUGUUUGGUCUGCUGAUCGAAAACGUCCAGCGGAUCAACGUGAGGGAUGUGUCACCCUUCCCCGUGAACCCCGGCAGUACUAUGAAGGAGGAAUCACUUACUUUGCCAGCUGUAAACCCAUUAGUGACGCCGCAGAAGUCUGGAAACACGCUGGAUAACAACCUGCACAAAGACCUCUUUGGUGCUAUAUCUGGCAUUGCUUCUCCGUAUACAACUUCAACUCCGAAUAUCAAUAGUGUGAGAAAUGCUGAUUCGAGAGGCUCCCUCAUAAGCACAGAUUCAGGAAACAGCCUUCCAGAAAGGAAUAACGAGAAAAGCAAUUCCCUGGAUAAGCACCAACAAAGUGGCACUUUGGGAAAUUCUGUGGUUCGCUGUGACAAACUUGACCAGUCUGAGAUUAAGAGCCUGCUGAUGUGUUUUCUCUACAUCUUAAAAAGCAUGUCUGAUGAUGCUUUGUUUACGUAUUGGAACAAGGCUUCAACAUCUGAACUUAUGGAUUUUUUUACAAUAUCUGAAGUCUGCUUGCACCAGUUCCAGUACAUGGGGAAGCGAUAUAUAGCCAGGAACCAGGAGGGGUUGGGACCCAUAGUUCAUGAUCGAAAGUCUCAGACAUUGCCUGUUUCCCGUAACAGAACAGGAAUGAUGCAUGCCAGAUUGCAGCAGCUGGGCAGCCUGGAUAACUCUCUCACUUUUAACCACAGCUAUGGCCACUCGGACGCAGACGUUCUUCACCAGUCAUUACUUGAAGCCAACAUUGCUACUGAGGUGUGCCUUACGGCUCUGGACACUCUCUCUCUGUUUACACUGGCAUUUAAGAACCAGCUCCUGGCUGACCAUGGACAUAAUCCUCUCAUGAAAAAAGUUUUUGACGUCUACUUGUGUUUUCUUCAAAAACAUCAGUCUGAAAUGGCUUUAAAACAUGUCUUCACUGCCUUAAGGUCAUUAAUUUAUAAGUUUCCCUCGACAUUCUAUGAAGGGAGAGCUGACAUGUGUGCUGCUCUGUGCUAUGAGAUUCUCAAAUGCUGUAACUCCAAACUGAGCUCCAUCAGAACCGAGGCCUCCCAGCUGCUGUACUUUCUGAUGAGGAACAACUUCGACUACACUGGAAAGAAGUCCUUUGUCCGGACACAUUUGCAAGUCAUUAUCUCCGUCAGCCAGCUGAUUGCAGAUGUUGUUGGGAUUGGGGGAACCAGAUUCCAGCAGUCCUUGUCUAUCAUCAACAACUGUGCCAACAGCGACAGGCUCAUCAAGCACACCAGCUUCUCCUCGGAUGUGAAGGACUUGACCAAGAGGAUACGCACAGUUCUGAUGGCCACCGCCCAGAUGAAGGAACACGAGAACGACCCAGAGAUGCUGGUGGACCUGCAGUACAGUCUGGCCAAGUCCUAUGCCAGCACUCCCGAGCUCAGGAAGACAUGGCUGGACAGCAUGGCCAGGAUCCACGUCAAAAACGGGGAUCUCUCCGAGGCAGCAAUGUGCUAUGUCCAUGUCACAGCCCUGGUGGCAGAAUAUCUCACACGGAAAGGCAUGUUUAGACAAGGAUGCACAGCUUUCAGGGUGAUCACCCCCAACAUAGAUGAGGAGGCCUCCAUGAUGGAAGACGUGGGAAUGCAGGAUGUCCAUUUCAAUGAGGAGGUGCUCAUGGAGCUCCUGGAGCAGUGUGCAGAUGGACUCUGGAAGGCUGAACGCUACGAGCUGAUUGCCGACAUCUAUAAACUCAUCAUCCCCAUUUACGAGAAGAGAAGAGAUUUUGAGAGGCUAGCCCAUCUCUAUGACACGCUACACCGGGCCUACAGCAAAGUAACCGAGGUCAUGCACUCGGGCCGCAGGCUCCUGGGGACGUACUUCCGAGUGGCCUUCUUUGGACAGGGAUUCUUUGAAGACGAAGAUGGAAAGGAGUAUAUUUACAAAGAACCCAAACUCACGCCUCUGUCAGAAAUUUCUCAGAGACUCCUUAAACUUUACUCAGAUAAAUUUGGUUCUGAAAAUGUCAAAAUGAUACAGGAUUCUGGCAAGGUCAACCCUAAGGAUCUGGAUUCCAAGUAUGCUUAUAUCCAGGUGACUCAUGUGAUCCCAUUCUUUGAUGAAAAAGAGUUGCAAGAAAGGAAAACAGAGUUUGAAAGAUCUCAUAACAUCCGCCGCUUCAUGUUUGAGAUGCCUUUCACUCAGACUGGGAAAAGGCAGGGUGGGGUCGAGGAGCAGUGCAAACGGCGCACCAUAUUGACAGCAAUACACUGCUUCCCUUACGUAAAGAAGCGGAUCCCCGUCAUGUACCAACACCACACCGACCUGAACCCCAUUGAAGUGGCCAUUGAUGAGAUGAGUAAGAAAGUGGCUGAGCUCCGGCAGCUGUGUUCCUCAGCCGAAGUGGACAUGAUCAAACUGCAGCUCAAACUCCAGGGCAGCGUGAGUGUUCAGGUCAACGCUGGUCCACUGGCAUAUGCCCGAGCUUUCUUAGAUGACACAAACACGAAAAGAUAUCCUGACAAUAAAGUGAAGUUGCUUAAAGAAGUUUUCAGGCAAUUUGUGGAAGCUUGUGGUCAAGCCUUAGCAGUAAAUGAACGGCUGAUUAAAGAGGACCAGUUAGAGUAUCAGGAAGAAAUGAAGGCCAACUACAGGGAAAUGGCAAAGGAGCUUUCUGAAAUCAUGCAUGAGCAGAUUUGCCCCCUGGAGGAGAAGACGAGCGUUUUGCCGAAUUCCCUUCACAUCUUCAAUGCCAUCAGUGGGACUCCAACAAGCACAAUGGUUCAUGGGAUGACCAGCUCGUCCUCAGUUGUGUGAUUUCGCCUCAUGGACCACAUGUGGGGACUUACUUUGUCAUUUGCAAACUCAGGAUGAUUUCCAAAGCUAAUCACUGGGCCCAUGCAAGACACGGGGAAGACCGAGCACAAGAAGUCAGGGGGAAUGGGAAAGAAAGGAGAUAAAGAACUGUGUUAUUUCUUAGCACAUUUUCUAGAGGAGUCAUAAGAGGGUGCACAUAUUUUUUUAAAUCUCGCUGGCAAUAUUCAAAGUUUUCAUUAUGUCUUAACAGAAAUGUGUGGUGGACACUCUUAAGCUGGAGUUAAAUUUUAUUCUUCCUUACAGAGUAGUAUUAAAUGGCCUAGAGAAAACGAGUGUUCUAGAAUGUACAUAGCAGGGACAGUAGCACUGAAAUUGAGGCUGGGGUAACCUUUUGCCUCUAGGCUAAGCUGGAAAAUCUUGAAAAUAUUUUUUUUUCCUGUGGCACAUUCAGGUUGAAUACAAGAAUUAUUUUUGUGACUAGUUUUUGAUGACCUAAGGAAACUGACCAUUGUAAUUUUUGUACCAGUGAACCAGAAGGUUUAGUGCUUUUAUACUCAUUUACUUGCAUUUAAAAAAUAUGAAAGCUUAAGAAACUAUGUGAGCCUAAAACUAGUCAGGCAGUUUAGAACCAAAGGCCUGUAUUAAUAAACACAACUAUGCUAAAAAUUUAAAAGUAGUACAGUAUAUUGUUAUGUACAUAGAGUUUGUUAAUACAGUCUCAGCAUUCUGUAUAUACAUUAUUACAUUUCUACAUUUUUAAUACUCACAUCAGCUUCUGCAUAAGUUUAAUUGUGAAAAAUUUGUGCUGUUCUUAGUAUAUGCAAUACACUUUACUGUUUUAUUCUUGUACAUAAAAAAGUGCAAUAUGGAGAUGUAUACAGUCUUUGCUAUAUUAUUAGGUUUAUAAACUGUUUUAAGAUUUUCAUCCUUUUGCCAAAGUGGUGGAGUAUGUAACUGGUAAAUCAUAAAUCCUGUGGUGAAUAGUGGUGUAAUUUAAAGCUUUCACCAUGUUAUAUUUUCUUUUGAGACAUUAAUUUAGUAAUUUUAUAUUUGGGAAAAUAAAGGUUUUUAAUUUUAUUUAACUAGAAACUCUGCCCUGCUGUAAUUAAACAUUCUGUACCACAUCUGUAUUAAAAAUAACAUUGCUGAUU